AUGAGUAUGGUUAAUGGGCAAGUCUUAAAUCCUAAUGCUAGCCAUUCCGGUAAAAUUGGAAUCCCUAGUGAGAUUGAGUAUUUAAAAAAAAGUGAAAUAGAUCGAGACAAUAUAAAUGGUAUAGACAAUCUUACAGCAUAUAGUAGUGUCCCUAUGAAUGCUAAAAUAAAUUCUAAUGUAAAUACAGAAAGUGUAAUACAACAAGAUUUAUGUAUAUCUAAUACUAGUAGUGUUUCAGGCAAAUGUAUACCAAGCACACCUAUAUCAAUGGGAUUAAAUGGGGGAUCAAAUUAUUAUAAUGAAGUAUAUAUGAGUGAAAAUAAUUUGAAUAAUAAUAAAUAUGAUAGCUUGAUUUCUAAAGAUAAUUAUAUUAACAAAGAAAUGGAAAAUAAUUGUUUAUCUAAUAUGAAUAACGGGAAUGAAAAUGGAAUUAUAGAACCUGGGAAACCAUUUGUGGAUUCAUGUACAAACGAACAAAAUGAAGAGGAUCAAAAAUAUGAUAUAAAUCUUAAUAGUGAAAUUUUAAAUGGUGAAAUAGUAGAUAGUGAAAUAUUAAAUAAACAAAUGGUAGCAUCUGAAAUAUUAAAAAAUAAUAUACUUAGAUGUAACAAUGCACAGAAUCAAAUUAUUGGUGAUGCUUCGAAUAAUCUUGUACCUCAGAUAAACGAUGAAAACAGAUGCAUGAACCCAGAAAUUUCGACGGCCAGAAAUGGGGAACAAAAUGGGGUUCCUGUUAAUAUUGCAUCUGGUAAUGAGCACACAUUAUUAAACUCACAUCUGAAUAAUACAAAUAUGUUUAAUGGCGAUACAAGAACCGAUUGUCAUGCUAGUGGAAAUGGUGAAAACCAAAUCGGGGGUAUAAACGAGGAAUUAAAUAAAAUACAAGAUAUAAAGGAAAAAGAUGCACAACAAAAUGAUGAAGAAGAACUUAAUAAACAAAAAACCAAUUCAGGAAUGAAAAAAACGAAAAAGAUUUAUAAUAGACGCUCGAAAAUAGUAAAAAGUGAAAAUGUGACUGAAUCAAAUUCAUCAGGUGAUAGCCCUCGUAAACCAUCUAAAAUUCGAAAGAAAAAUGGGAAUCAUAAAAUGGGUUCUAGUACAGAUGCAAUUUGCUCAAACAAGGUACAGGAAACUGAUUCUGCUGAUAAUAUACGAGUUAAAGACGAGAUAGAAGAAAGAACAGGAAACGGAAACUUAGAAAGAACUCAAGAAUCAAUCGGAAGUUCACAAGGUUUUAGUGACAAAGAAAAUGAUGGACAGACAAUUGGAUGUAGCACACCUAUACCUAAUGAUAAUUGCAACAUGCCAAAUAUUAAUGACAAAAAUAAAUCUAUGCAUAACUCAAAUGGAGAAAAAGAGUUUACUAACAUGAAUCCAUAUAUUCAUAACUAUGGUUCUGGUACAAUUAAUAAAGAUAGCAAAAAUACAUUUAAAAAUUCAGACCAAGGAAAUAAUAUAGGAAUGAUAAACCAACUAUGUCAAGCUCGUGAACAUCCACAAUUUGGGGUUCCUAAUUUUGACACAUCAAACGGCGGAAUAGAUAGAGGUGCAAAUAUAUAUCCCCAUUUUAUAUACGAGCAAUUAAGUAAACCUAUUAGUAUACCAGUGGCAGGUGAAUUAAAAAAAAAUAAUGUAAAUGGUAAUGAAAGAAUGUAUAAUAGUGAGAUGAAUCCAGGAUAUUGUCCAGAUAAUUCUAAUGGUGGUAAUAUAUUUCCAUAUAAUGGAAAAAUGAAUAUUAAUAAUAAUUAUUACAAAAACCCAAAUCAAUUAAAUAUGGAAUGUAUGGGAGGUAAUCAUUUUGAAGAGUUUCCAGGAUAUAGAAAUGAGAUGUUUAAUAAUGCUUAUGAUGGUUGUAAUGGAAUACCACCUAUAAUGAAUAAUAAUCGGUUUCUUAAUAAUGGGUCACCAUUUGGAAUGCAAGAUAUAAUAAAUAUGAAUAGCAAUAUAGGAAAUAUAAUAAAUGGUGAAGAGAAUAUAUUACAUAAUGGAAACUUAGAUCGAAAUAAAUUAUGGGCAGAUACAGUAGUUAAUAAUGGUAUACCAAAUCUAAUGCAUAAUAAUUCUCCUAACAUGAACAAUAUGUUUGAAUAUCCUAUGGGUUCAAAUUUUUCAAAUUGUGAAAAUAUGGGGCCAAACAAAUUAGUUGGUAUAGGAAACAAUAAUCAUUUGCCAGUAUCAAAUAAUAUAGGAGAAUAUGAUAUGCCUAACAAAUCUAUGCAAAAUAGUAGUAACUAUAUUAGUACAGAUACAAAUGAAGAUAGACAGUUUGAUGAGAUAAAUCAAUUUUUAAUGAAUAAUGAAAAUAAUUUACAUCAAAAUCAAAUGCAUAUGAACUUUAAUAAUAAUCAAAAUAGCAACAUGCCAAAUAUGUGUAAUGGAAUGGACCCCAAUUAUGAUGCUGGUAAUAUUGGGAAUGUUGAAAAUGCUGAAAAUGGGAAAACGCAAAACAAAAAUGCAAAAAAUGGUAAUGGUACUCGAAAGGGUGGUAAGUAUAAAAAAUCGAAAUCUUUUGGAGGUACUAUAAAAAAAGGAGGAACAGUUUUUAAUUUAGAUUUAGAAUCAUAUAGAAUUAAAAAAACGCCACUUUGUAUAUAUUCGGUAAGGGAUAUAUGUAAUAAUUAUAAGCUUAGCAAAAAACAUAUAAAAUAUACAAAUUCCUAUGAAGUAGCAGUAGAUUGUGAUUGUACUAUACAUCAUAGUAUCCAGUGCGUUAAGGAUUAUGUUGUUUUUUUAAAGGAAGAACAUUUAAAAAAAAAAAAAAAAAAUGAACAAAAUAAAUCUGGAUUGAGAAAUAAAUCGAAUAGUAAAGGUCGUAAACAAAAUAAAAAUUCAGAAAAUGGAAAGGAACCAAAUAAAGAUGAUGGGAAAAAUGAUACUCAAGGGGGAGAAGCACAAAAAACAGACGUAAAAGUAGAAAAUGAAACAGACCCUAUUGUGAAAGUUCCCAUAAAAACAGAACAGGUAGAGAGCGAAGCUGAGCAAAAAGGUUGUAAUGAUCCAAAAAAAGAUGUAAAAGAAAGUGCCAAAAUAAAUGUAAAAAAAGAUGUAGAAGAAAAUGCGAAGGAAAGUGCCAAAAUAAAUGUAAAAAAAGAUAUGGAAGAAAAUGCGGAGGAAAACGAAAAGGAGAGUGCAAAGGAAAGUGCAAAAGUAAACGUGAAAAAAGAUGAGGACGAAGUUGUGAAAAAGGAACCCGUGGAGAACAAAGGAGUUGAAGUAAAGAAGGAAAAUUGCAAAAAUGGUGAAGAAAAAGGCGAUGGAAAUAAAGAAAAAGAAAGUGAUAAAGAAAAAGAAAAGAAUAAAGAAAAAGAUGAUGAAGAUGACGAUGAAGAUGAAGAUGAGGAAGAGGAUGAGGAAGAAGAUGAUGAGGAUGCAGACGAGGAAGAGGAAGAUGGAGAAAGUAGUAUAUAUAACUUAAGCCAAUGUAAUAAUAUAUUAUAUAAUAUAAAUAAAAUAUGGCACCCAGGAUUUAAUAGACCAUUAGGUGAUGUUGGAAGAAAAUUAGUUUUAAAAGAAAUUAGGGAACAUCAUCAUAGGGAUCCUAAAAAAACAACAGACUUAUUAUUAGAAAGAGGUUUAGAUUAUGGAAAAGUUCGAUUUAUGAGAGUAAAUGAAUUAUAUCAUUAUAUGUAUGCAUUAGAUAGUUUUGAAUAUGCAAUAAAAAUAUCAUUAGAAUUUGGAUCAAACAUUAGAAUGAGUACCAUUAGUAAUAGAGUAGAUCAUGCAUCUUUAUGUUUAAAUUUAAAAAGUGGCUAUUCAUAUUGUUUGAUAUGUUGCUCACAAAGACCAGAUAUUUAUGGAUUAUAUUCUAGUAUAAAUUUAAUGCAAAAUAUGUUACUCCUACAAAGUUCUUAUAAAUAUCUGAACAAGUUUGCGAGAAAAACAAAACUUCCAAAGAAAGACAAGCUAGCUAGAGCCAUGCGAAAAAAUAUGGAAAGAAAACGAAACGGUAAUAAUAAAUUAGUUAUCCUUUCUGCUGAGUGUGUAUCUAACCUUUUAUAUAAAGAAAAGAAAAAUAAUAAAAAAAACACUGAGAAAAGUAAUGAUCAAAGUAAUGAUAAAAAUAAUGAUAAAAGUAAUGAUAAAAAUAAUGAUCAAAGUAAUGAUAAAAAUAAUGAUAAAAGUAAUGAUCAAAGUAAUGAUCAAAGUAAAAAAGGCGAUCAAAAUAAUAAGAAAGAUACUGAUAAAAUUAAAAAAGAAGAUCAAAAUAAUGAUCAAAAUGAAAAAGACGAUAAAAAUAAUGUAUGCAACUCUGACUCUUUAGAUGAUAUAGAGAGUGGAUUGUCUGACUAUGAAAAUUUAACUAAAAUAAAGGAAGCAUUGAAAGAAAACGAAGAGAUUUGCAAUAAGUAUCCUGAAGAAGAUAUAGAAGAACGACAUAGAUAUUAUAUGAUUCAAAAAAAUUGGGACUAUAAAAAAAAUAAAAUCAAUAAAAAUGAUACACAAUGUUCUACUACUUGUUUUGAUGAUAAUAAAUUUUCAAAUACAAAAAAAGAUAAUACUAACGAUUAUAUUAUUGAAAAUGAUAAAACGGAUUCAUAUAAUAAUUUAGAUGUAAAUAUAAUAUAUGACGAUAAUACAAAUGAAUCAAUAAUUUAUGAGUCAGCUAAUAAAUAUAAUUACGGAAAUAGAUAUAGUCUUAAUGAAAAUAAUUUGUAUAGUACUCGUAAAAAUGUAAAAAAUAAUAAACAAAUAUAUUAUGAAAGUGAAACAGAAGAUAAAAAUGAGGAUAACUUACAUCAAGAGGAGUAUAAAAAUGUAAAUCAAAAUAAUUUCCUUGAUCAUAAAAAUUAUAAUGAAAUUGAGGAGGACCAAAAUUAA